AUGGCGGGGCACUUGCUGGUGGCGGUGACGGGGAGGAGGAGAAGAUGGUGGGAAGCGCCAUUGUUUGCGGCGGAGCAGCGCGCGACGCUGGUUAACGUGAAGCUCAAGCUGGUCAAGGAUCCGGCACUCGACGGGGCGCUGUCGCGCCAGCGCCACCUCCGCGCUGCCCACCACCUGCUCGACCUCGUGUCCUCGCGGCCCGGCCACCGUAUCUCGUGCCCCGAGCUCCUCGCCGACAAGUCCGUCCACAAGAUGUUUGGCUCCGCGGACGCCGCGCUCGCCUUCCUCCGCAGAUACCACACCCUGUUCGUGCUCUCCCGCCGCGGUGGAGGCGGUGUGUCCCUCACGGACGCGGCGCUCGGCCUCCGGUGCCGGGAACUGGACUGCCUGGACGCCUCGGAGCCCGACCUGCUCGCUUGCCUCCGCCGCCUCCUCAUGCUCACCCUGUCGCGCUCGCUCCCGCUCCACACUGUCGACCUUCUCCGCUGGGACUUGGGCCUGCCCCGCGACUACCGCGCCUCGAUCCUCAGUCGCCAGCCUGACCACUUCGCCCUCAAGCAGCCCGAGGGUGACGAGCGCAUCUGGCUCCACCUCCUCUCCUGGGACGACCGUCUGGCUGUCUCGGAACUCGAGAAGGCUGCGGCGGGCGGCGACACCACCUGCCUCCCAUUUCCGGUGAGCUUCACGAGGGGGUUUGGCCUGAGGAGCAAGUCUAUGGACUGGCUGAAGGAGUGGCAGAAGCUUCCAUACACUAACCCAUACACCGACGCCUCCGGCCUUGACCGUCGCACUGAUGUGUCAGAGAAGCGGAAUGUGGGAGUGUUCCAUGAACUGCUGCACCUCACAUUGGCAAAGAGGACAGAGCGCCACAACGUGAGCAACAUGAGGAAGCUUCUUGGCAUGCCACAGAAGUUUACCAAGGUAUUUGAGCGUCACCCGGGCAUUUUUUACCUCUCAAGGAUACAUGGCACACAGACAGUUGUACUCAGGGAAGCUUACGGUGGCACGAGCCAGCUGCUUGAGAAGCAUGCACAUCCACUUGUUGCUAUCAGGGAGGAGUAUACCACCAUGAUGAGGGCUGCAUUGCCACCAAGGAGGAGCAGAGAAAGCUUCAAAUAUUGUGGUAACUGGAUGAGGAAAGUGAGGGAGAAGAAGGAACUGAACUCUCUUAAUGAUGUCUUGUAG